CUCCUGAUGAGCACAUCUGCCUGGAGCUUCCUCAGCAGACCAUCUACUCUGACACACAGACCGUUCUUGUGAAGAUCUUGUGAACAUCAUGGCUCUUCCGUCCCACCUGCCCUGGCCCUGGGGAUCCCAGCGUGCCCGUAUUGCUUUUGCCAUCUCAAACGCACUGGAGGUUUCCCUACCCGAGUGUGAAUCUUUACCUGGUGUGAUGCCGAGAGGACCCUUGCCACAAACUCUCUCGGUACAGAGUCUUGAUAUGCAUAUAACAGAAAACAAGCAGGCCCACAACACCAGCAUGUACAAGAACUCCAGCCUCAUUGUGCGCAGGAAUAAAGAAUUCCUCAUCGACAUCUUGUUUGACCGACCCUUCGAUGAGACCCAGGACACUGUGCAACUGGAGUUCAUGAUCGGCAGUGUACCUGAUGAAAAUAAGGGCACCUACAUCACUGUGUCCUUCGGAAGUGUGAAGACUGAGAGUAGCUGGAGGGGUCGCCUGUUGGAAAAACAAGGCAAUAGUAUCAGAGUGGGUAUAACACCCGAUGUCCAAAGCAUCAUUGGCCGCUUCUCAACGUUUGCAGUAGUUGUGAAUGAAACAGGAAAAAGGCGGACUGAGAAGAACUCUGCCACAGAUUUCUAUGUGCUGUUCAAUCCUUGGGACCCUUCGGAUCAAGUGUACAUGCCCAAUGAAGCUGAAAGACAGGAGUAUGUGAUGAACGAUGUGGGCACCAUUUACAAUGGAGAAAUAAACGACAUUUCCUUCCGUUCAUGGAACUACGGCCAGUUUGAAGAAGGGGUUCUGGAUGCCUGUCUUUUCAUAUUGGAUUCUGGGAAAAUGCCGCUAAUGUAUCGUGGGAACGCCACUGAAGUAGCUCGGCAAGCAUCAGCUCUGAUGAAUUCCAUUGAUGACAAUGGUGUCCUGGCUGGAAACUGGACUGGUGAUUACUCCAGCGGCACAGCACCCACCGCCUGGACUGGAAGUGCUGAAAUCCUUCUCAAAUAUGCCAGUAAGGGCGGUGCGCCUGUGUGUUUUGCUCAGUGCUGGGUGUUUGCAGGCACGCUCAACACUUUUUUCCGCGCCCUCGGGAUACCUGCACGGGUCAUCACCAACUACUGCUCUGCUCAUGACAACGGAGGCAACAUAAAGGCAAACAUCAUGCUGAAUCCAGAUGGGAGUGUGAACAGAAAAAAAACAAGAGAUUCAAUCUGGAACUACCACUGCUGGAAUGAGGUGUUCAUGAAGAGGUUUGAUCUGCCUGACCAAUACUCCGGCUGGCAGGUGGCUGACUGCACCCCUCAGGAGACCAGUGAUGGUCUGUACCGAUGUGGCCCGACUUCUGUCAAAUGCAUCAAAGAGGGAGAUCUCAGCUACUCGUUUGAUUCACGAUUUGUCUUUGCAGAGGUGAACAGCGAUGUGGUUUUCCAUCAGUUUGAUAAGUAUGGAAACUCAAAGAUUGUCCACGUGGACACCACAUAUGUAGGACAGCUCAUUGUCACCAAAAGGCCCAACACUAACGGCUACAUUGACAUCACCUUGAACUAUAAAUAUCCAAAAGGCAGUGCUGAGGACAAACGUGUCAUGCAGCUGGCCGAGCGCCGGGGCAUUCCUAAGAGGAAAUACUCACCACUGCCUGAUGCAGGCGUGCAAAUCGACAUUAAGGCUGAAACUAUCAAAAUUGGGGAAAACUUCACCCUGACGAUGAACAUUAAGAACCAGACCAGCCAAACCAGCACCGUCAGUCUCACUGUCACUGGCUGCGCGAUGUACUACACGGGUCUCACCAGCUCAACUUUUAAGCUUGAGAACUACAGUUCAACUGUGGACGCCUGGCAAACUACACCUGUGACGAUGAAAGUCCAAGCUGCAGAAUACAUGUCCUUCCUGGUGGAACAAUCCAACCUGCUCUUUGUGGUGCAUGGGCAAGUUAACGAAACUGGCAAAUCCGUUUCAGCAAUGAGGGUUAUCAAUCUCCGUCCUCCUGAACUCAUGAUGAAGGUGACUGGAGUGCCCCAGGUUGGCAGGGAUCUCAUGGUCAGCGUGUCAUUCCAAAACCCUUAUAACUUCACACUGAAAAAUGUUCAGCUCCGUCUUGAUGGAGCUGGUCUUACACCAACCAAAGUCAAAUCAUACGACCAAGUUGCACCAGGUGGCUCAGUGCAAUAUACAGACACCAUCACCCCUUAUUCUCCAGGGAGGAAGGUGUUGAUAGGCUGUCUGGACUGCAUCCCACUGAGUCAGAUCACCAAUCAGCUGGAAAUCAACGUGGUUAACUGAUUCCCACAAGACAACCGUAGAGAAAAGAUAGAGAGGAAUGAGGAAAGGGCUCUCAGUACCAUUUUUUGCUUUGCUUUGCUUUCUUAAAGAUAAACUAUUGCAGCCAAUGUUCAUGUUUUCCCUUAAUAACCAUACCUGCUAACACUGGACUGUUAAAGAUAGAUUGUUUCGAAAUUUCCACUGGACCUGUUCAAUUCAUAGACUUAAACAUGUCUGAAACAUUUAGUCAAAAGUAUUAUGCGAAAUCACAUUUAUAAAGGGUUUAAACGCAGUAGUGUGGCAACAGUCUGCAGAAACUCUUUGAUUGACAUUCUCUCUUUGUACGUGACUUCAGAGGAAAGCCCCACCCAUUAUCUGCCACAUUAGCCUAGUAAGUUGGUGUUGUUUUUGAAUCUGCCACUAUGCUGACACAGGCAUUUGUAGCUCUGCCUUUUUUUGAAAAGAGCACAAUCUCAUUUGAAUUUAAAGCGACAGUCAUCAAAAUGCCACAAUUAGGAUUAAAGCCUAAAAUGCCUGGGGACAUCAGAGACGUAUUUUACCGCAUGUGAAAAGUGGCAUAAUAGGUCCCCUUUAAGAAAUUAAAUUAAGUAAAUUCUUGGUCUAAUCAUAUGUGUAUGGCUAUAAUGCUUAAACAGGUUUCUUACCUCAGCAGAUUAUUUUUAGAAACUCCUUAAAUCAUUAAGUAAAGCAAAGAAGUGCAAGUCUAAGAAUUUGAGGAGGACAAUUUGGUCAUUUCUAAUUUUGGGGGUGGGAUAGUAUCACUAUAGUAUACAGCAUACAAACAAACCAACAAACACACUAACAAACCAACCAACCAACAAACCAUAAAACAAACAAACAAAACACCAUUAAAAACAUAUAAGCUGGUUCUUUUGAAGAUGAUUUCGCCUAUACGUACUUUUAUGUCACAUCAACAUUCAUAUCCAUUUUCAUGUCAACUUGCCUGGAGAUCUAAAAACUUUUUAGCAAAGCGCGGUGAAAUGAGUCACUACUCCAGGUGGAUGAGUGGAGGGAAAAGUGUUAGCAGGUAUGCCUUUGACAUUACUAUUUCCAUAUGUGUCCGAAACUGUUGUGUGCUCCUAAGAAAAUGUUUUAGAAUUUUUUUUUCAAACACUCUGGUUUUUGAAGGCACAUGUCUAUUUUUUCCUCUUAAACUACAUGUUAAUCAACAUUAUAUGAUAGUUUGUUGGGUAACUGUACUAACUACUAAAUGCUGAUUUUAUCUGCUUUAAUGCCAUGGAGUGAUUUACUAAUGUACACUAAUAAUAAAUGUUUAGCAUGGAA